AGGUGCCAUGGCGAGAGGAGAGAGGAACUGAAGUCAGUAUAAGAGGGCUGGUCUCGCUGAAAGUGGGAGCUGAAGGAGGCCUGGAUAAGACCGCAAACUGGAUUAGGGACAGAAAAAGGACAUUGUGUUUUUUUUGUGUCAAGUGGAUCACCUGAGAAGUCCCAGACAAAGCGUCUUCAGGAACUGGUCGGACAGGAUCCACGUGGACUCGUUUGCUCCAAUUCACCCUGCGGUGAGACAUAUUUGCUUGGGCGUAUUGACUUUCCCCAAACCUCAAUCGUCACUGGCAUCCCCAAUCGAGCUGAACACCCCCCCCAAGCAGACCCCCGCCCCCCCCGUCGUCCCCCAACCGAGCUCCUCCAAGAUGCAGGACCCGGGACUGGAACACGACGACAUCUUCGACUACCUGUUCAAGAUCAUCUUGAUCGGCGACUCCAACGUGGGCAAGACCUGCGUGGUCCAGAAUUUCAAGUCGGGGGUUUUCUCCGAGAAGCAGCAGAACACCAUCGGGGUGGAUUUCACUGUGCGCACUUUGGAUAUCGAGGGCAAGAAAGUCAAGAUGCAAGUGUGGGACACGGCGGGACAGGAGCGCUUCCGGACCAUCACGCAGAGUUACUACCGCAGCGCUCACGGCGCCAUGAUCACCUACGACAUCACGCGCCGCGCCACUUUCCAGUCGGUCAGCGACUGGAUACAGGAGGUGGAGCUCUACGGGGCGGCCAACGUGGUGCUGGUUCUCAUCGGUAACAAAAGCGACUUGGAGGAUGAGCGCGAGGUCCUGUUUGAGGAGGCCUGCGGUCUGGCAAAAGAAAGGGGCGCGCUCGCCGCCCUGGAAACCUCCGCCAAGGAGAGUCAGAACGUGGAGGAGAGUUUCAUGUUGAUGGCGAGGGAGCUCCUCUCUCGGAACGGCCUCCAGGUCCAGCAGGACGGGCUGGAGGGCUUUGGCAGGCCCAGACUCCUCCUCAGGACUAACUCCCGGCCGGUGAUCGGCGCCGCGGGCGCCUUCGCAUCCGCGGACAAGAAGACGUGUUGUUGAGGAUGUUAAAAAGCGCGUGACGGCGGAUGGCGAUCGGGACAAUGAGAACGUGAAACGUUGAAGAAUCAACGUGGGUGACCUUUCCAUUUCUCCCUUUGAUGAUUUUAAGAGACAGUUUUUGACCCUUGACCCUGGGCGACAGCGGACGUAAAAAUUGCUCAAUAAAUGAUUUUGCAUUUGUCAGCGGCGGCGUGGCAACGCGUCACUUUGUAUGAAAAAACAAACAAAACGCGCGCUGGGGAACUGGUCGCGAUGAAGUUAAUGCGACAAUCUGCUUUCAGCCCCAAUCGCCGAAUGUUAUGCAAUUCAAUGAAAGCAGCUUAGCUGCUGUGCAUUCUGGGUAUUUCAGAUUUGUAAGAAUUAUCUAACAUCCAAACACAGUGGGAUUAAUCAUUUUAGGGCAUUACCUCCCAUGUUUACACGGUUAAGAUGUUGCGUUUUUCAUUUUGUCAAAGAAAAUGAAUCAUGCUACUAAGUGGUUAUUAAAUAUACGCCUGAUGUUGAGUACUAAAUUGAGAAUACUGUAUGUAUAAAUUUGACAAUACAAUACAUCCCCCCGUGAUUGGCUGGACAGCAUUCCUCUUGCCCCAAAUUAACUAUAGAAAAUGGAUUAAUCAAAGACAAAUGUUUUGUGAUUAAAAUUACAAUUUAUAUUAAAACUGGAUGAGAGUAAUUUAACUUGGCAUCCUGCAAACCGAUCUUGUUUUGGAAUGCAAAACAAUGACACAAAUGACAGAUUGCCUGUUGUGAUUUGUCCACCAGUCCACUAGAUGGCGCACGAUGAUCAUGUAACCGUACGGAAAUGAGACGUGCAUUUUGUUAGCGUCGUUCGAGGGAGGGAGAAUGGCGGCCGGCGUUUCUGUAUCACUUAGCUGGAUCCUGCCACAAUGACAGUUUUGUAGGAGACGGGGUAAAGUUUCUUCAAGAACUAAAGAAACCUUGGUUGUGAAGAAUAAAGUUUUUAAAUAGUUUGUUUUGUUGCUGACUCUCGUGAAAAGCGGCCUGGGUGAC